AGGAAACGGGAGGGAGCGUGUGAUGGAGAGAUAGAGAGUGAGAGAGCAGAAGUGAGAAAUAAAGAGAGAGGAGGGGAAGUGAAAAAAGUGCGCAUGUGCGGCCGUGAGGUGCGCUCGCCCGCAACUGACGAAGGAGGAGGAAGAGGAGGAGGUGUUGUUAUGAGCCAGGCUGAUAAGCGAAAAAAAGAGCGGAGCAGUGAGAAAAGCAUUAGGUUCAAGUCCCAGGCCUGGGAGGAUUGAGUAGAACAUCAGCGGGAAGCUAGAGGAAGGAUGAAGAGAGCUGAGAAAGACGCUCCGAGACGCAGCGGAGUAGUCAGAGCAGCGGCAUGAAGGACAAAAGAUGCGGAGAUGCCUCCACCUUGCCUCCUCCAUCUUAACAUUGCCUCCAUCCUCACCCUGCCCGAAGCAGAUCCUGCGUUCUCCUCCAGCUUGGUGAACAAGACCUUUAAAACAAGAGUUGAACAAGGCUUAUGGUAGAUGCAGCAGAGCUAUCUAAGAGAGACAAGCGUGGCCCACAUUUUUGGACUGUUAUCCAAAACGUCCUCAACUGAACUGUAGGAAUUCACAAACAAGCCUCAAAGGACACCGCCGCAACUCAAAUACUGGACCGCCCUCUUGUCAACAAAGAAGGGAGUCAACCAGGUUCUGUUGAGUGAAUUGGGAAGAGCACAUUACAAGGAACAUGGGAGAUAGUUGACUUGGCCUGAAACAUACUUUGAGAUACUCAGAAUUGAAUUGAGUCCCUGUGAAUGCAGAAAUCUGCCAAACUGUAGUGCGUGUGCUUGCAAAACUGUGCAUUAUUCACUGGUGCUAACUGUGUGUAUGAAAUGGAUAUAAUGUUUUAAUACCUAAAUAGCCAACACCGGUCUAAGAAGCUGGACUGUUUAUUAUUAAGCUUGGAAUUUAGGUACUCUGGCUCAACUCUUUAACCCGGCAAGCCCUCACAAGGACUCAGGCUGACAGGGGCCUCCACCUGAGUUGAGGAGGGGUGUCUUAAGCAACAUGGAGGUAGAAAUUCGUCCACACGUGCCAUCUAAUGGCUGACUUUAACACAAAACUACCCAUUUCUCUUGCCCAGAAAAAGGCAGGGCUAUCGACUCCUCUUUAAAAUCUCUUUGGCGUCCAUUUCCGAAUUCCGAAUGUCCUGCCUCAGGCGUCAGCCCGUCACCAUCCCGAUGGACACGGUCAAGAUCAUCCAGUCCGAAAAGUUCCCCCGAGAGUGCACGGUGCCCGUCACCCAGCCUCGCUUCGCCCCGCCCCCUCGGGUAGCGUGGGAUGGCGGCGGCGAAGGGGAGAUCAUCGUCAACCAAGCCUGCAGCGACCUUACGCUGGACGUGACGGUGGCGACCCCCAGGCCCGUGCCGUCCCCGCAGGCCCCCGUCGUCCGCAGGGAGCAGAGCUUCUUAGCGCAGCGCAAAACCAGUGCCAACGAAAUCUGCUACCACCAGUUCCACUACAAGAUGGAGGACGUCAUCGUCAACCAGUACGUUCUGCGCUCCUCCUCCACGUCCUCGUCUUCUUCCUCGACUUCUUCGGGGCCCCCGAUGCCCUGCGAGCCCCUGGACUGCCCCACCUGCGGCCACACCUACAACUUCGCCGGCAAGCGCCCUCGCAUCUUGUCCUGCCUGCACUCGGUGUGCGAGGAGUGCCUGCAGAUCCUCUACGAGUCGUGCCCCAAGUACAAGUUCAUCUCCUGCCCCACCUGCCGCCGCGAAACCGUGCUGUUUACCGACUACGGCCUGGCGGCCCUCGCCAUCAAUACCAGCAUCUUAAGCCGGCUGCCCUCCGACCCCAACGGGCCAGUGCAGUGGGGCGGGGACGCGGACCGCAGCUGCUACCAGACUGUGCGCCAAUACUGCCAGUCGGCCUGCACCUGCCACAUCGCCAACCCGCUGUCCUCUUGCGGCAUCAUGUAGACAAAACGCGGGCGCCACGUAACGCUGCUCUGCCACACCUUUGUCGACUAUAAGCUCUCCCCCUUCCUCUCACAAACACGCACACACACACAUACAGUGGGGCAAAUAAGUAUUUAGUCAACCACUAAUUGUGCAAGUUCUCCCAC